ACACCGCGCGAGACAACUCGACGCCUACGAGGACAUCCCCGUCGAGACCAGCGGCCGGGACGUGCCGCCGCCGGCGAACACGUUCGCCGAGAUCGACCUCGGCGGCGCGCUGAACGAGAACAUAAGGAGGUGCAGGUACGUGAGGCCGACGCCAGUGCAGAGGCAUGCUAUUCCGAUAUCGCUGGCCGGACGAGAUUUGAUGGCGUGUGCGCAGACUGGUUCCGGGAAGACGGCGGCGUUUUGUUUUCCGAUCAUUAGUGGGAUUAUGAAGGGGAAGGAGUUUGGGCAGAGGGGAGGGAGGACUGCUUAUCCGUUGGGGUUGAUCCUGUCACCGACGAGGGAGCUGUCGGUGCAGAUUCACGAGGAGGCGAGGAAGUUUGCUUAUCAGACUGGGGUUAGAGUGGUGGUUGCCUAUGGCGGUGCUCCGAUUAGCCAGCAGUUGCGUGAACUCGAAAGGGGUGUUGACAUUCUUGUCGCAACUCCUGGACGUUUGGUGGAUUUGCUUGAAAGGGCUAGGGUUUCAUUACAGAUGAUUAAAUAUUUGGCACUAGAUGAGGCAGAUAGAAUGCUCGACAUGGGUUUUGAGCCGCAGAUCCGAAAGAUUGUUGAACAAAUGGACAUGCCUCCAUCAGGUGUCAGGCAGACCAUGUUGUUCAGUGCCACAUUCCCAAAGGAGAUACAGAGGCUGGCUUCUGAUUUUCUUUCUGGUUACAUCUUUCUGUCCGUUGGAAGAGUGGGCUCUAGUACUGACUUGAUUGUUCAAAGAGUUGAGUUUGUUCUCCAGUCAGACAAGAGAAGCCAUCUCAUGGAUCUUCUUCACGCGCAAAGAGCUAAUGGAGCUCACGGAAAGCAAGCUUUGACUUUGGUCUUUGUGGAGACAAAAAAAGGAGCUGACUCAUUAGAACAUUGGUUAUGUAUGAAUCAAUUUCCUGCAACUACUAUUCAUGGUGAUCGAACACAGCAGGAAAGGGAAUACGCUCUGAGAUCAUUCAAAAGCGGGCAAACUCCAAUCCUAGUAGCAACAGAUGUUGCAGCUCGUGGGCUCGACAUCCCCCACGUAGCACACGUCAUCAACUUCGACCUCCCCAAUGAUAUUGACGACUAUGUUCACCGUAUUGGAAGAACAGGAAGAGCAGGGAAGUCAGGCCUAGCCACCGCCUUCUUCAACGAAGACAAUGCCAACUUGGCGAGACCCUUGGCUGGUCUCAUGCAGGAGUCCAAUCAGGAGGUGCCAGCUUGGCUCGCCCGUUAUGCCGUGAUUUUCGGAGGGAAUCCUCCUCUUAUAAGACUGGUGGUGCUGUCGAUAACUUCUACGGCGGCGAUGGAUAUGCUAGCGCUGGAGUUGCCAGUGCUUGGGACUGAGUCAAUCCCACUGCCUCAGAAUCAACUAGAUAGUUGGUUUCUUGUUCUUUGCUCUGUUAGGGUUUGCACAUUUAGUACUUGA